AUGGAUGCCAACCAAAACGGGAACCCUGACAAGAAGACGUAUCACAAAAAGGCCACGGGCGCUGCACUUGAGACAGUCGAGAGCCACUCUGAGGAUCAUGAGCUCAAACUAUUUGGAAGCUGUUUUUGUCCUUUCGUGCAGAGAGUGUGGAUCUCUCUUGAACUGAAGCGACUCGACUAUCAGUAUAUCGAGGUCGAUCCCUACAAAAAGCCAAAGCAGCUACUGGAAGUCAAUCCUCGUGGUCUAGUCCCGGCCCUUCGACAUGGUGACUGGGGCUCCUACGAAUCCACUGUGCUAAUGGAAUACCUCGAAGAUCUGCACGAGGGCGAGGCCCUGCUGCCCAGUGAUCCGAAGUUGAGGGCGUAUUCUCGCUUAUGGUCUGACCAUGUCAAUCGGAGUAUCGUACCAAACUUCUAUCGUUACUUACAAGCUCAAGAUGAAAAGGAUCAGAUUGAGCAUGCAGAAGAGCUCAAAGGACAAAUGUCGAAGCUUGUCGACGCUGCUGAUCAGUCUGGUCCAUUCUUCUUGGGCGAUAACAUGUCAUUCGUGGAUGUUCAGAUUGCGCCAUGGAUAAUUCGCCUUCGUAAGGUCCUCCAGCCGUACAGGGGCUGGCCCGAGCCUGAGGCUGGCACUCGCUGGGCUAAAUGGGUCGACGCUAUCGAGCAAAACCAUGCCGUCAAGGCCACUACAAGCACAGACGAGUUGUACUUGGAUAGUUAUGAGCGUUACGCGGAAAACCGACCAAAUACAUCAGAAGUGCAGAAGGCUAUCAACUCCGGCAAAGGACUACCCUGA